AUGUGUAAUUCCUGGUCACCAAGACAUAACGGUGACAUAUUCAGUGGUCUCAAUGACGGACUGUUGAGUAGAGCGGAAGCACUAGCAGCAGUGGACAUCAGCAAGCAUCAGUCAGGUCCUCAGCCUGGACCUCCGCUACCGCAACUCAAACAUGACAUGGUCUAUCACCACGGAGUCGGAGGUCCUCCUCCGCAUAACACGCGACCGCAUCAGGUAAAUGCAUUUCUGUAUGCCCCAUACCUUGGAAAAUCUUUUAGUCUUCCUAUAUCGGUAACCGGCGAGGGUUGGUUCCUUGGGGAAUUUAGGGGCGAAGUCGGGAGAGCUCUAACAUUCUUAGACUUUAAUAAUAUCUUCAUUAGUUGUGGUGUAGGCAGUACCAUAAACCAAUUACAAAAGCCUUUCUUCUCACAGAUGGGACACCAUGGCAUGGAGGGAUUAGACAUGCUCGAGCCAUCUGCAACAUCUAUGACCACACUUGCUCCGAUGGGAGAAGGAGCACCACCACAUCACCAAUUACACGGCUACGGUGCAAUGAAUCACGUGAUGAAUCAUCACCAUCACACCGGUGGCCUGGCUCACGCUCCACCAGCACAUUUAGUACACCCCGGUGCUGCAUUGCAUCCUGAUACUGAUACGGACCCGCGUGAGCUCGAAGCUUUUGCUGAAAGAUUUAAACAGCGUCGUAUUAAACUUGGCGUAACGCAAGCUGACGUUGGCAAAGCUUUAGCUAAUUUAAAGCUUCCUGGUGUUGGUGCACUAUCACAAAGUACAAUAUGUAGAUUUGAAAGUUUAACGCUGAGUCACAAUAACAUGAUAGCCUUAAAACCUAUACUCCAAGCUUGGUUAGAGGAGGCCGAAGCCCAAGCAAAAAAUAAGAGGAGGGAUCCGGAUGCCCCGAGUGUCUUACCGGCCGGUGAAAAAAAGCGAAAGAGAACAUCUAUAGCCGCGCCGGAAAAGAGAAGCCUCGAAGCGUAUUUUGCAGUGCAGCCGAGACCAUCUGGUGAGAAAAUAGCAGCUAUUGCGGAAAAGUUAGAUCUUAAAAAGAACGUCGUCCGAGUUUGGUUCUGUAAUCAAAGGCAAAAACAGAAACGUAUGAAGUUCGCAGCCCAACACUGA